GACUGUGCUGUAAAUAUUCAUGUUUGCCUAAAAUCGGUGUGAAGGAAACGUGCGUGUGUGUUUGCUGUGUGGACGUUUCAGCUCCUAGAGGUGGGUGUGAGCUUGACAAUAGGCUCUUAUAAACACAGGCAAGAGUUUCCUGAGUGGAGCAGAAGCCAAAGAAGCAGCAGCAGCAACUGGGAACUUUGUCUUUGGAUGUAAAUGUUCAUAACUAGUUUUUUGUAGGUUGCUCCUACAGGAAAACAUGGAUCCGUCCUCAAAUAGCAGCUCGUCCUGCGUUAAACUCUUUCUGUGCUCCAACCCAGAGGACAGUGUCGUGGAGCGCAGAGCUCUGCGCGAGGGCGUUUUCCCCAGAUUCAGACAGCACUGCAGACACGCGCUGGGACUGGACGUCAGGGUGGUGGACCCAUUCGAGUCCAGCGAUCCCAGUCGAUGGCCUGAUGAGAACACCAGACAGCAGCUGAUUGCGGAAUGCAGAGAAAGCUCAGCUGGGCCAUUUCUACUGGCUCUGAUAGGACAUCAGUACGGCACAGCCACGCUUCCUGCCCAGGUGGAGGUGUCAGAGUUCCACCUGUUGCUGCAGGAAAGCCAGCAGGCGGGAGUCAGCACCCAGGAGCUGGAGGAGGCUUAUCAAAGGGACGAGAACAGCAUUCCUCCAUCCUACCGCCUGAGACCUCCUCAUAGACACACACGUUGUGCUCAGAAUGUGGAGGAAACAAAAAUCAGAACGAAGGCAAAGGAAGAAAAGCUUCAGACGAGUGUGAGUCUGUGCGUCCGCAACGGCCGAAUGACCCCCGAAAGAGCCCACAGAUACCGCAGAUCAGCUCUGGAUGCAGACCUGCGCUUUGCUUUGGACCGCGGUCAUGGUGACGACGUCGCCACACGCGGCCUAGUUUACAUCCACACGGUCGUCAACGCAACGGGGGAACGAGCGAAGGAGGAGAAAAAACCUCCGUCAGAGGCUGCUACAACUCCCACAGACUUACAGCUGCUCUCAGAUCUGUGUGACCGCUUCCUCCCCUCCGUCAUCGCUUCCCGCAAACUGCGGGUCUACGCCGCCGCCACAGAGUGUGACCGUCGCCAUGGUUACACGACAGCCAGGAGGCUGAGCUACGCCGAAUCGCUGUGCCUGCAGGUGAACGCUGACCUGACGACGCUGAUUGACAGCUGGGACAUCUGGGGACGAGACGAACCGCAGCUCGGUGACGCGCUGGCCGGAGAGGAGGCCGAGCAGGAGCAGUGGUGUGAGACCCUGAGCCGAUGUUAUCACAUCCCUCGACCAGAGGAGGGGACGGUCAGAACCUAUGUGCAACAGAGUGACAAACAGUGCCCCCUGGUGGUUUCAGGAGGUCCAUGCACAGGCAAAACAGUGCUGCUGGCACAUUGUGUCCACCAGAUCAAGUCCUGGCUUCCAGGCUGCAAUCCUGUCGUGGUCACACACUUCUGCAACCCCUCUCUCAACACUUCACCCAAGCACGUGUUGUCCAGCUUGUGCUAUCAAAUAGCCAGAAAAUGCCACAUGUGCUCUGUCCCAACUCAGGAUCCCAGCGUCGACCGCGCCACUCACCCCGUCUGCGCCUCUAAACCCAGACUCUGCAAAUGCAGCCGUCUUAAUCCUGCACCAUGUCCCAGCCCUGAGGGCUUCAACUCACCUGACAUCAGCCUCUCUGAGCUUAAGGACACCCUCUCCUCCCUCCUCACCCUGCUGCCGUCCCCCAAACGACCCGUACUUCUGGUCCUCGUCGGCCUGGACCAGCUGGAACGCGACGUCGGCCUUCCGGUCGUCCGCAGCCUCCCCUCUCCGCUCCCCCCCGGCGUCAAACUCAUCGUCACCGCCUCCUCCACCAGAACGCACGUACUGCAGGCCGUCCAUGCACAUUACCCAGAAUGCAGCGGGGUGCGGCUGGGAUCGACGGACAGGAGGGCGCGUUUGCAGAUGUUGGCCGCGCUGCUCGCGGGUUCGGGGAGGAGGGUGACGUCUGGACAACAGGCUCUGCUGAACAGGGCGCUGGCGUCCUGCGGUCUGACCCUUUAUGCUCGCCUCCUGCAUGGGCCCACCUCGCUCUGGCAGUCUGAUUCGGAUGUGACCGAGCUGUCCCUUCCCGACGGCGUCCAUUCGUCCAUCUCUGCGCUCCUGGAUCGCUGCGAGCAGAAACACGGCUCAUGUCUCGUGACCCGCGCGCUCUCCUACCUCGCCCUCUCCAGAACUGGGCUCACGGAGGCCGAGCUCGCCGACCUGCUGUGCGGUGAUGGCCGCCAGAGCUCCUCCUCCGGCACGAGGCUCCCGCAGGUCGACGUGGAGACGCUGCUAUUGGACUUGAGGAAGGUUCUUAUUCGGAGGACGGUCAUGGGCUCGGAUGUUUUGUGCUGGUUCAGCAGGCAUUUCAAGAUAGUGGUGGCCAAGAAGUAUUUAACAGCCCCUCAGGUGAGGAAGGAGAUGCACUCCAACAUGGCGGAUUACUUCAGUGGCCGAUGGCCUCGUGGGAGCCAGGAGCUGGAGGAUCCGUUCGUCUUCAGAGGAGCCGCUCGAGUAAACUUGAGAAAAGCCGCAGAGCUGCCGCAUCACUUGCGCUUGAGCGACAGGUGGGCGGAGGCGGAGCGCGGCCUGCUGAUGUCGCCGGGCUUCCACGGCGCCAUGGUCCGGGCCGGGCUCCUGGGGGAUCUGGUGGCCCUGCUGGAGCGGGAGCGAGGCCCGUGGGCGUUCUCUGCAGAGAAGCGCCUCCUAGCCGGUGUGCUGACCUCCUCCGCGCGCCUCCUGCUGCUCUCCCCUUGGCAGCUGCCCGCGGUGAUGGAGGCGGGCCUCCUCCCCUAUCUGCGGGUCUUCCCCGCACUCGAAGAGUACGUCGCCGAGAUCGGACGGGAGCGGAGGAGGAGUGGAACUGGAUUAGGAACGGUCCUGUGUCCCGCUCCGUCCUCUGUCCCCUUCAUUAGGCGUUUACGGUUGGAGGCCUCGGUUGCAGAAGCAGCGGGGACGGCCCGCGGGACGGUAGCAGUGAUAGCGAAUGACGGCUCCGUUUGGGUCUGGAGGAGCCCCGGGCGCGGCGUCGCCAGACUGGAGCCGAGCCGUGAGCCGCGCGGGCUGACGUUUGCAGGCGUGAGGAGCAGCGGCGAGUUCCUGCUGCUCUCCACGCGCUGCAACAAGCUGUUCCUGUGGGACAGCGCCGGCGCCGACGCGCUCUCCGACGGCCGCUACCUGUUCUGCGGGCAGGAGGACGGCGCCGUGUCCGUCUUUGACACUGACAGCAGCGGCCUCCUCGGCGCCGGAUCGAACCCGCGCCGCAGCGAGGUCACGGCCCUCGUCCUCCGCGAAGACCGGGGCGAGAUGGCGUGCGUGGACUCCAUGGGGAACGUAACUCUGUGGGACGUGGCGGCAAAAACCCGACCAGUGGUUACGAAAGAAACGCUCAUCGGAGGGGAAUCGACAGCGGUCUGCAGCGUAGACCACUCAGGGGGGAAUGAUCUGUUACUGGUCUGUCAGUCUCACCAGGUCACGCUGUGGGAAACGUGUGACUGGGACGUGGUGGACCGGUUCCUGGCUCCGCGGGGCGAGACCUUCGCCCACGCCGUCCUCUGCCAGGACGGACGGCUGUUCGCGGCGUCGCUGGACGCGUGCGGCCUGGUCCUGGUGUGGAGCCUCAGCACGGGGGGGUGCGUCCUGUCCCUGGAGACCCCCCGUCGGCCCCGCGGCCUCCUCACCACGGCCUCGCACCUCGUGUGUGUCGGGCAGGACGGCUGCCUGACGGCGUGGGACUCCAGGAUGAUAGCAGCUGCGGGCGCCGCUCCAAAGAUGGGCUUCGGGGUGAGGGAGGUGCUGGUGGACCCAGCAGGAGCCUGGUUCUACUCCACCGACGGCUCGGAGGCCGUGUGGAGGUGGAGCUUGCACACGGGGCUGCCCCACCACAGCCUCCUGCACGGCGCUCCCGUGGAGAAGCUGCGACUUUCUCCCAACGCCGCCCGCCUGGUGUCGCUCUCGGCCGGCGAGAUUUACGUGUGGCUGACAGAAACGGGUCGGAACGCGCUGCGCGUCCGCGCCGCCGGAACCGCGGACAUCCUGAUCGCACCCAACUCCAGCUUCGGGGUGAGCGUCUCCGAGCGGGAGCUGCCGCGCGUCUGGAAGAUGGCGGGCGGGAGCGUCGUGUGCCGCGUCGCCCUGCGCCUGUCCGACGCCCAGGUGUCGCCCGAGAGCACCUUCCUCAUUGGCCGUCACCAUGGCGACCUGUUGGCAGCCAGCCUGUGGUUUGGCUCCAUCUGCAAGCGGUUCUCCUGCGCCGAGCCGGUCGUCGCCUUCCGCGCGCUUCCCGAGCGGCCGGACCUGGUGGUGGCGCUCGGCGCCUCGGGGGCGGUGUUCACGUGGAACGUGGCGGAGGAGACCGUGUGCAGACACCUCAAGCUGCCCUCUGCGUUCCGCUGCCGACCGCACGACUUCCAGGUGUCCAGCGACGGGAGCUACGCGCUGCUGUCGGCGGCUAGCGAAGCCAUCAGCGUCUUAGACCUCCGUCGGGUCAGACUGUGCUCGCUCAACGCCGGGGGUCGCGUUAUUAGAGCCAGUUUGGACCAGUCUGGAGAUUAUGUGGUCUACGUGUCACGCGCCACCUGUUCGGACAGCAGCUGCACCUGCUUCCGGCAUGCGAGGCACGUCCUCGCGGCCGCGCGGCUUUCGGACGGGGAGAGGCUAGGAAUGGUGCAUCUGCCCAAGACCCCGUCAGCUCUGGUCGCGUGGGAGCCUCGGCGUGUGUUCGUGGGCUUUGAGGACGGGUCUGUAGGUGUGUUCUGUGUUUCAGGUGCCGUGGCCGACAGGGAGGAGUCCAUCAGGGGCAGGGGGGGCUUUAAUCCUGAGCCGAGGCAAUGCCCGUUUGACAGAGCACCAUUGAGCCGGUUUCCCCUAGCAACCCCCAAUGUUACAUGGUCUUAGGAUACAUGUGUACUGUAUCAAUAAUAUGUGACAGACAUUAGAUUGAGUUGUGUAUGUAAGUAACCUGGAGUACUUUUGUACAGCAAAAUGUAUUUUUGCUACUGAUA